AUGGCUACUCUGUUGGCCUCACCUUUCUUUUACAGUGGUUUUCCGCUGUUGUGGGCCUUUAAUCAUCUGACUUUGUUGCUCACACAGGAGAGAGACGGUACUAUCGUGGAGCCUCAACAACACCAUGAUGCUGAAGAGGCAGAGAAGAGUCUCUCCAGAUCUCUUCCGACAGUGAAGAGAACUCACUGCUGCUCUGACAUUGGGAAGAUAUUCACCUCACCAGGCAUUAAAAUUCACACAGGAGAGAAAUCUUAUAGCUGUGCUCAAUGUGGGAAGAGUUUGGGUCAAUCUGUGGAGCUGACAGUGCACCAGAAAAUACACACAGGACAGAAAUCUUAUAGCUGUGGUCAAUGUGGGAAGAGUUUUGGUCAAUCUGUGGAGCUGACAGUGCACCAGAGAAUACACACAGGAGAGAAACCUUAUAGCUGUGAUCAAUGUGGGAAGAAUUUUGCUACAUCUAACCAUCUGACAGUGCACCAGAGAAUACACACAGGAGAGAAACCUUAUAGCUGUGAUCAAUGUGGGAAGAGAUUUGCUUCAUCUGGCAGUCUGAGUCAACACCAGAUAAUACACACAGGAGAGAAAGCUUAUAACUGUGAUCAAUGUGGGAAGAGUUUUGCUACAUCUAACCAUCUGACAGUGCACCAGAGAAUACACACAGGAGAGAAACCCUUUAGCUGUGAUCAAUGUGGGAAGAGUUUUGCUUCAUCUGGCAGUCUGAGUCAACACCAGAGAACACACACAGGAGAGAAAUCUCAUAGCUGUGACCAGAGAUAA